AUGAAUGGGACGGGCCGAGGCAUGGGCCAUGGGACGGGACUGAUGGGACAAUGGAGGGACGGACCGAGGACGGGCCACAUGGGCCAUGGGUACGGGCCAGAGACGGGGCCCACAUGGUCCACGGGCCACAUGGGCCACUGGGGACGGGCCGAGAGAGGACCACCAUGGGGCCAUGGGACGGGCCACAUGGGGCAUGGGACGGGCCGAGAGACGGGCCACAUGGGCCAUGGGGAUCGGGCCGAGGAGACGGGCACAUGGGCCAUCUGGAUACGGGCCACAUGGGCCAUGGGACGGGCCGAGAGACGGGCCACAUGGGCCAUGGGACGGGCCACAUGGCCAUUGGGACGGACCGAGAGACGGGGCCACAUGGGCCAUUGGGAUGGAAGCCGAGAGACGGCCACAUGGGGCAUGGGACGGGCCGAUGAGACGGAUGGCCCAUUUGGGCCACGGCCACAUGGGCUUGUGGACGGGCCGAGAGACGGGCCACAUGGGCCAUGGGAUGGGCCACGAGGUGUGCAGGGCCAUGACGGACAGAGACACGGGACCACGGAUGGGCCAUGGGACGGACCGAGAGACGUGGCCACAUGGGCACGGGCCACAUGGGCCAUGGGCCACGGCGGCGGACGGGGCCAGGGUACGGACGGACCACAUGGGCCAUGGACCCGAUGGGACGGCCGAGAGAGACGGGCCACAUGGACCAUGGGACGAGAGACGACGGACAUGGGCCAUGAACGACGUGGCCACGCAUGGGCCAUGGACGGGCCAACAGGGCCAUGGGACGAGAGAAACGGGCCACAUGGGUCAUGGGACGGGCCGAGAGACGGGCCACGUGGGGCAUGGACGGACCGAGAGUAG